GCCCCGUCCUCUGCUGAACAACGCCGAGCGCACUUCCACCGUCGUUCGUUCAACCUGCUUCCGACCGAAUCCAGCACCCAGCAGAGCAGCAGUGCAGCAGCGCACGAUGGUUCAAAUCAGCGAAGUGCGCGGCAACAGCCGCGACAACCGCACGGCGGCGCACACGCACAUCAAGGGCCUCGGCCUCAAUUCGAGCGGCAUCGCCGAAAAGCAGGCCGCUGGCUUUGUCGGCCAGACCGCCGCCCGCGAGGCCUGCGGUGUCGUCGUCGACCUCAUUAAAGCGCACAAGAUGGCCGGGCGGGGCGUGCUGCUUGCGGGCGGCCCCGGCACGGGCAAGACGGCACUGGCGCUCGCCAUCAGCCAGGAGCUCGGCACCAAGAUCCCCUUCUGCCCCAUCACGGGCAGCGAGAUCUACUCGACCGAAGUCAAGAAGACCGAGGUGCUCAUGGAGAACUUCCGCCGCGCCAUCGGGCUCAAGGUCCGCGAGACCAAGGACGUCUACGAGGGCGAGGUCACCGAGCUGACCCCGGAGGAGGCCGAGAACCCGCUCGGCGGCUACGGCAAGACCAUCAGCACCCUGCUGAUCGGGCUCAAGAGCGCCCGCGGCCAGAAGAAGCUGCGCCUCGACCCCAGCAUAUACGAGGCCAUCCAGAAGGAGCGCGUCCAGGUGGGCGACGUCAUCUACAUCGAGACCAACACGGGCGCCUGCAAGCGCGUGGGCCGGUCCGACGCCUACGCCACCGAGUUCGACCUCGAGGCCGAGGAGUACGUGCCGAUUCCCAAGGGCGAGGUGCACAAGAAGAAGGAGAUCGUCCAGGACGUGUCGCUGCACGACCUGGACGUGGCCAACGCCCGCCCCCAGGGCGGCCAGGACAUCAUGUCCAUGAUGGGCCAGCUGAUGAAGCCCAAGAUGACCGAGAUUACCGACAAGCUGCGGAGUGAGAUCAACAAGGUGGUUAGUAAGUACAUCAACCAGGGCGUCGCCGAGCUCGUGCCGGGCGUGCUCUUUAUCGAUGAGGCCCACAUGCUGGAUGUCGAGUGCUUCACCUACCUUAACAAGGCGUUGGAGUCGCCCAUAUCGCCCAUCGUCGUGCUGGCCUCCAACCGGGGCAUGGCUACCAUCCGCGGUGCCGACGACCUUGUCGCCGCCCACGGCAUCCCACCCGACUUCCUGGCCCGUCUGCUCAUCAUCCCGACGCACCCGUAUGAACCGGACGAGAUCAAGCGCAUCGUGCGCAUCCGCGCCUCCACCGAGGGCGUCCAGGUCACUGAUGCCGCCAUCGACAAGAUCGCCGAGCACGGCGUGCGCAUCAGUCUCCGCUACUGCCUCCAGCUGCUAACCCCUGCGAGCAUCCUGGCUCGGGUCAAUGGGCGCAGCCAGAUCGACGUCCAGGAUGUCGCAGAGUGUGAGGACCUCUUCCUGGACGCACGGCGCAGCGCCAACAUCCUGGCUAGCGAAUCCGGCCAGGGCUUUAUCUCCUAAUUGCAGCGAAGUGGUCGGAUUACAGGGUACUGGGACUGGGGGCACUGGCAGGGGUUUGGGGCGCAACUCGUCACAUUUGUUUUUUCACUUGAUCCUCACAUGUGUGAUAGAAAGAAGAAGAGGAUAUGGGCGGGCCGGAAAAACUGCGUUGCAGGAUGGGAGUUGGCGCAAAGACAUGCCGUUGUGCUUUCGCAUUGGUAUUUUUGUUUGGUUGUUAUCCGGAUUUGAGCGGGGACUGGGCUGCCGGUUGGGUGCGGUUGGGUGCGCGGCGUCAUGUUCGUUCAAAGAAGGGUUCAUGAUAUCCCAUUCGCAGCAUCACCAACAUCCGACGUUUUUUUCUCCG